AUGGAAAAGUCAGCUCGCGAGUACAAGCUGUCAGCUGAAGAGAAGCAGUUCUUCGCUGAUAAUGGGUACCUGGUCAUCAGGCAGUUAUACGACACUGCGGCUUGUGAAAACUUAAGGAAGAGAUUCCUGCAAGUGGUGAAUAAAGAAGUGAAAAGAGGCAGAAUGGCGGUCAUCGAGGACUUAGAAUUGAAGAAGAAGACGAAUAUUCCAGAAGAAUAUGUCAACAAGCUCAACUCAUUGAGUUACGACUCAGAGUUCCAGAAGCACACUGAAGACGCUCGGAUGUUGGACGUCCUGUCACAGCUGCUGACAAAAGACACUGUCAUCAUGAACAGCAUGCUCAUCAACAAGCCUCCGGGCACUCCGUGGCAUCCUCCUCACCAGGACGUGUACCACAUACCCCUGAGACCAGUAGACAAGAUCCUGACGACCUGGACAGCCGUAGACGAGGCCACACAAGACAACGGCUGCUUAUUCGUCAUCCCGGGGUCGCACAAGGCUAAUAUCAUAUACGAGGAGCAUAUCUUACCGGGUUUCGUCAACAGCUUAUUCUUCUCGAUAAAAGAUUUAGACCUCCUUGCUCCAAUGAACAAGUGGGUGGCGCUGCCCAUGAGGCCUGGAGACACUGUCUUCAUCAACUCCUUGCUGAUACACGGCUCGUUCCCAAAUACCACCAAGAAAUACCGCAAAGCCAUCACCAACGUAUACGCGUCAGCUGAAUGCGCGUACGUGGACGUGACUGGGACGGUGCAGGAGCCCUUCGCCAUUGAAGCCAUGAAGGAGCUGAGGAAAAGGGGCUAUGAGUUCGCGAACUAUAAGGACGCCUGGCGAUUCAGAAGCAAAAAGAUUGGGAAAUCAAAAUCUAAAUUAUAAGUUUUUAACUUAUAAUAAUAUAGAUAUAACUAAUAUUGUAGACCAAGUACCUAUCAAGGUGUUAUUUGUAGAUUUUUUCAAGUUAUUUAUACAUAAUUUUCAUAUCAAGGUGUUGUUUAGAUGCAGUACAAAAAUAUAGUUUUAGUUAUAUUAUCUGUGGUUUUAGUACACCUACG